AUGCCCGUUAUAUCCACGGGGCUCCAGGAUACGGUAUUGGCGCAAAAUGACGGCUUUACCCUGCCAGAUUCAAUAUCAUUGCCCCCUGAGCUACAGCAGAAAUUAAAUGAUACAGAGAUAGAACAAGUAAAGAAUCAGUAUAUGGAGCAAUUUAAACAAAAAUGCGAAAAAAAUGGUCAUCCUGAAGCAUAUGAAAAAGCUCAGAAUGCCGUACAGGGCUUAAUGGCGUGUUCUUCGGCCUUAGUAGACACGAACACUCUUCAAACUGAGAUUGAAAAUGCGAAACCCAAUGGAAAACUCGAUGAGGUGUUUAAAAAGUAUUGCGACAAGACACCUCAAUUCAAGGAGUGUUUCCGUAACAUGACGGAAACGGUAAAGCCCUGUUUCACGACUGAAGAACAGGAAAACUUCAAGAUUAUUUAUAACGUUACCGAUCAACUCGUCGAAUUCAUCUGCUUCAAGGAUGGUGAUAGAAUCGCACUGUUUAUAGCAGAAGGUGGUCAAGAAUGUUUCCAAGACAAACAAGAAGGACUCCAGAACUGUUUUAACCAGACAUUGGACGCUCAAACCCAGAGCGAUUUAAAGAAUAUCACGAUCGAUUCUGAUUUUAAACUGGAAUUUAAGGAAAAGCAAUGCAAUCAAAUGACAGAAAUGCAGAAGUGCAUCGUCAGUGCGUUGAGCAGCUGCCCUAAGUCUACUUCUGCCAAUAUAGUAGACUCUCUGUUCAACUUCAUCAGAUCGGCCACACCUUGCAAGGACUUCAAGAAAGCCGAGAAGAAAGGUUCAGGCGGUGGAGCCAGCGGCCUCACUGUUACAUCAGGAAUGAUUCUAAUCGCUUUAGCGACCGCUUUACUUGUUUAA